AUGUCUAAUUUUCGAUUUCUGGGCUGGGCUGUGCUGUUACAUAGAUAUCAUAAUGUUUCAGAAAAUAUUAAUGAACCUGAGAAAAUAAAUUGUAUAAUCAAGAUGAAUGAAAGGGAUAUCCCAAGUGUCCCUAUUACAACAUUAGCAGGAGUAGCCAGCUUGACAGAUUUAUUACCAGUGUUACCACUUCCCACUCCAUUGCCAUCAACGCUAAACAACAAGUCACAGUUAUUUCAUCCACGGGUUGCAGAAGAGGCUGCCAUUCUUCUUGCGACACGUGAUGAUAAUUUAGUGACACUGCUACUUCAAUCUCUCAUGCAGACUUCAGUACAACAUAUAGACCUAAAAGAUGAAAGCAUACCAAAUGCAGUGAGUCCAGCCCCACAACAAGCUACACCGGAACUGUUAAAGGCCAUUUUACAUGUAAAUCCUAAUGUAUUUGAUCAACAACAGAGAAAUCAUUGGGGCAAUCAUUUACACACAUCUAAGUUCAAUGGAAUGUCCCCUUCAGCUUCUCAAUACAAUUAUUCAACACAUGGUAAUGUGCCGUCAAGUCCUUCAUCACUAGGUACAGCGGUGCAUUCAGGAUCCAUUCCAAAUCAGCAAUUGCUAGCUCCUCCAUGUCAGUCAUCUCCCCAUGUAAAUAUGGGCUCUCCUCCUUCUCAAGCUAGGCCUGGAAAUGCAGUAAAUAUUACUGCUCAGAAUAGUGUGUCACCUAUUUGGAACAGUGGAAACUCUUCUAACAUUUACACAAGCCCUCUCUCGAACACAUCUUGUUCAAAUCCACAAAAUGGGGGAUUCUAUAAUAGUCUAGUAGGAGAUAAUAGAAAUUUCGGCACUAGUUUAAAUGAAGAGAAAGAUCCACUGUCACCAAGUAAUCAAAGUGAUCCACAGAGGUUACUUAUACAAUCACAAGAGAAGGCAUUUGAACAAGAUGGUAAUGUAGUGACAGGCCAAUCUCCAGCUCAAGCAAGUGUGGCUCCAUCACCAUUACGACAAGAACCUCAAGUGCCUCAACCGUCUAUGGGUGCCCCAUACGCGCCGCAACAGUCAAUGCAGAACUGUAGUCAAGACAAACAAGACCCAAAUAAAAGUGUGGGAGGAAUGAAUAACAGAUAUCCUGUAGUUAAACUUGGUCGCCUCUCGGAAGGUUUGCUGAAGAAACACGAUUUCCCAACCGAUGAGAGAUCAAGAAAAAAUAGCACAUUGGAAUCUGAUUCUGAUGACAAUGUCCCUUUAAAGCCGAAAACUAGUAGUAAUACACCAACUGUAGAUAAGGAAAGAGAAGCGAUUGACAUAGCUAGAGAGAAGAACUGGGAAGCUGUUAAAAGAAAACAUGAAGAAGCCAGUAAAAGGGAGGAAGCUGAAGCUGCAAUAGUGCGGCCAAAGUUAAGGAAAGUCGAGAGGAGAUUAGUACCUGUGUUAGAAAUGCUAUCAGUAGACGAAUUAAUGGAGACAAAUACGUAUCAACGGUUUAAUAAAUUGAUAGAAUCAGUAUUCGAAACUAUUGACGAUGACGUUAUAGUAACUGACGAAAUGGAGGGAACAGACAUACCUGAGGAAUUAUUAUUACCACGUUAUCAACUUCAAGAGUUAUGCUCAGAAGCAGCUAAGUUAAAGAAUUUAGGUGCUAUGGAAGCUAUACCUUCAGACAGAUUAGUAAGAUUACUAAGUCUAAUGGAGAAAAAUAUUAGAGCGGCGGAGAAAAUGUCAUUGGUGGGAGAUCCCGAGGAUAGUGAAGAAAUGCGACAGAUAUGGAUGGAGUCGGCACUAGAAAGGGUCAUGUGUGCUUCAGAUGCAUGUCUAACAUCACUUUACGUAAUGACUUCACCGAAUAUGCCAAAACGCAUAUUUCUAGAAGACGUAAUAGAUCGAAUUAUUAUGUUCAUAAAAUUCCAGUUGAAUAAUACGAUUUACUGUGUCUACGACCCUGUGUAUAGCAUUCAAAGUACUUCUAAAAAGAAAGUUGACGGCCGUAAACGUCGAGGUGGCGGUGCCGGCAAUGUGACCAAGCGUGGGACUGCUGGGACAUCGACGCGUGCUGUACGAGAACUUUACACGCAUGCUCACGAAUCUGUCACAAUGCUGGCCGAAUUGUUCGCAGCGCAUCAUCUCACUGAUACUACUGUCCUACAUGCAUCCACUGUUGGAGUAUCGCCUUUUUUUGUAGAGAACGUUAGCGAAUUGCAACUCAGCGCUCUUAAGCUUGUUACUACGAUAUUUACAAAAUACGAACAGCACAGACGACUCUUACUAGAAGAUAUCUUAGCAUCUAUAGCCCGCAUACCUAGUUCUAAGCACAACUUGAGAUCGUUUCAACUGAGCUCGGAUCAGCAAAUACAAAUGUUGACAGCACUUGUGCUGCAGUUGGUUCAGUGCGUAGUCACGCUGCCAGAGACAUUGUGUAAGUCACAGGAUAAAGAAAAAAAUCCAGACGCAACUGACACUAAAAAGAGUGUCGAUAAAGAUCUUCUUAUUAUAUCCAAGUACGAAGCAGCGAUUAGUGUAGGCGGUACAUUCCUGACGUCAUUCCUGAAUAAGUGCCGGAGUCGUAACGAAGAGGUCGACUUCAGGCCCCUAUUCGAAAAUUUCGUGCACGAUUUGCUUACCACUGUAAACAAACCUGAGUGGCCUGCUACUGAGCUACUGCUCAGUCUACUUGGAACAAUGCUUGUAAAAUACAUGUCUGAUAAAUCUAUGGAAAUGUCAGUUCGUGUAGCGUCACUAGAAUAUUUGGGUCUGGUAGCUGCACGUCUGCGAAGGGACAGCGUUCACUCACGCGCUAAACUGGCUACCAUGGACGCUGUCGUCAGAGACAUACGAGCUGAGGAGGAGAAAGAUGGCAAUCUGGCACAAAAUAUUACCUCGGGUCUAGAUGAAGACGAAGAAAGAACGGAAUUCCUCCAGAGAGUGCUACUUGAUUAUCUGGCCAUCAAUGGUCAAAAAGAUCAGGCUUGGAAUUGUUCACGACACUUCUAUAUCACGCAAUGGUAUAGAGAUAUGGUGAUCCAACCCAAAAGCACGUCCCCCACAAAAAAAGCUAAAAACAAAUCUAAAAGGCGUUUCAAAGAUGAAUCUAGCGAGGAAGAGUCAGAUGCUGAUGAUGACAGCGAUGACGAAAGUCGUCGUAUUAAGGAUUCCAAGUCUGAAAAGAAACUUGCUUCAAGUGCGCUGAUAUCAGCAGAGAAAUUUAAAACUAUUGAGCGGCGAAAAAAUUUCUUUCUAGAAAAAAUACGACCCUUUAGAUAUCAAGGAGGUACUCAGGUGCAAGUGAUGCAAUCUUACAUAGACUACAGUGGUGCAGAGCUCAUUUCUCAGUACUUAGCUUCAAAGAGGUCGUUUUCUCAGAGUUUUGAUAGAUAUUUAAGGAAAAUACUUGUAAUUUUAUGUGAAAAUACGAUAGCGAUACGUACGAAGGCGAUGAAAUGUUUAGCUAUGAUUGUUGAGGCAGACCCAGCCGUGCUGGCGCGACCCGACAUGCAGAUCGGAGUUAAUCGAUCCUUUCUGGAUCAGUCUACUGCAGUGCGAGAAGCUGCUGUCGAUUUAGUGGGAAAGUUCGUACUCAGUCGCCCCGAUCUCAUUGAUAAGUAUUAUGGAAUGCUCUCAAAUAGAAUAUUGGACACUGGUGUUUCGGUGCGGAAACGAGUGAUAAAAAUUUUAAAAGACAUUUGUAUAGAGUGCCCAGAGUUUCCAAAAAUACCUGAGAUUUGUGUAAAGAUGAUUAGGAGAGUGAAUGAUGAAGAGGGUAUAAGGAAAUUAGUGAUGGAAGUUUUUCAAAAUAUGUGGUUUAGUCCAUGUGCGAACACAGCGCGGCCGGGCACUUUAGACAUGACUGCGGCUGCAGCUGAUCCUCUCACGAGGAAAGUCCUUAACAUCACAGAUGUUGUUAUAUCAUCCAGGGAUAUAGGUCUGGAAUGGUUUCAACAAUUAUUGACCAGCUUAUUCAAACCUAAAGAAGAUAAAGAUGAUUCAACAAAAAUUAUCUAUCAACCUCCCAAAACCUUACUACUUGCUUGUCAGCAAAUAGUAGACUGUCUCAUAGAGAGUUUACUUCAAUUAGAAGAGACGAGCGCCGAAGGGACUGGGUCGUCACAACGCAUUCUAGCAUGUUUGUCAACGUUGCAUUUAUUUGCGAGAAUUAGGCCACAAUUGUUAGUGAAUCAUGCCUUAACUCUGCAGCCAUACCUGAGUUUAAAAUGUCAGAAUCAGUACGAGCAACAAAUAAUGUCGACUGUAGCGUCGACACUCGAGCUAGUGGUCCCUUUGAUGGAGCACCCGAGCGAGGUAUUCCUGGCGCAGCUGGAGGAAGAUGCCGUCAAGCUCAUCCUGCAACGAGGACAGCUUGUCAUAGCGUCUUGUAUCGCCUGUCUUGCCGCCAUCGUCAAUAAUCUCACGCACAAUUACAAACUUAUUAGAGAUGUUUUCAAUAAGUACCACGGUGUACUUCUUCAAUGGAAACAUUGUUGGCAGCGAAAUCCUGAAAUGACAAGAGCAUUACAUUCGAGACCGCAUUUUCGACGAGCCCUCUUUAUAGUAGGACUUUUGUUGCGAUAUUUUGAUUUUACUGAAGCAAGAGUUAUAGAUGGACUACCGGGUGAUAUAAAGGAACAAAUUUUCACGACUUUGAUGUUUUUCGUUGGCCUCGAAGAUGAAGACUUUGUUUCACAUACACUCAAAGCGCUAGGAUCUGUUUGCGUUCGGCAUUACGAGUUUAUGCUGCGGCCGGAACUGAAAGAAUUCUAUCAUCAACUGCUUACAUCAGAUUUGGCGCCCGUAGAAAUGAAAGCUGACGUGCUUAGAAAUAUUGAAAUGUACUUACAAGAGGAGGAACAGAGGAUGAUAAGACAAGAUAAAGAAUGGUCAAAAAGGUCCAAACACGAGAAUCUCAAAGAGAUGGGUGACGUCUCGUCCGGUAUGGCGUCGACAGUGAUACAGCUUUACUUGAAAGAGAUCCUCGGGUCGUUUCUGCACAUAAGCACAGUCGUUCGAUCCAGUGCUAUGAAAGUGGUUCAACUCGUUUUGGCACAAGGUCUCGUGCAUCCUGUACAGAUUGUUCCAUAUUUAAUAUGCAUGAGUACUGAUUUGGAGGUAACUGUAUCACAUACGGCUGACAAACACCUUCAAGAAAUAGAUAAGAAGUAUCCCGGUUUCAUUCAUAUGAAAGCCCAACUUGGCAUCAAACUUUCAUACCAAUUACAAAAAAUCCUGCAAGGAAGUGAGAGCACGAGAGUUAUAAGAGGGUUUAGGAAAAAAGACCAAGACGAUUUACCGACUGCUCUAAAUGGUUUCUUGUACUCAUUAUUACGUAAUACGCGUCCACAACGGCGGGCUCUAGUUUUAUCAUUACUGAAACAAUUUGAUGAUGUUUCUACCGCACCGCUGGAUCAAAUGUUAUACCUGGCUGAUAAUCUGAGCUACUUUCCAUUUCAAGUUCAAGAUGAACCACUAUUUAUUAUACAUCAUAUUGAUAUAAUUAUUUCAACGUCAGGAUCGAAUCUAUUGCAGCUUUUUCGUGAGGGUUUAAACAAACCAUGUACAGAAGAAAAAGAGCCCUUAGACGAAGAAGAAGAUGACGAGGAAGCAGAAACCUUAUUGGCCCAAAUGCCAGAGUGCACUCGGCCAUUACAGGACGCCAUGCGACAAGCAAGAGGCUGUCUCCUGCUCCUUGUGCUCAAACAGCACCUCAAACAGCUUUACGGCUUCACUGAUGCGAAAAUCAACCAGUAUUCACCUUCGGAGGGCGUGAAAGUGUACGAGAAAGCGGUGUCGCGGAGGCAGGCGCCCAUUUUCGAGCCCAAGGCUACUAUCGCGCAGUUGCAAGAGAGAGAUGUCGGUGACGACCUUGACGAUCGUGGCCGGCGAAGACUCGUUGACGAUUAUUUGGAGUUCAAGCAGUUAAUGCUGAAGUUCGACCCGGAGGAGGAGGAAGAAGAGGAGGGCGCGAGCGCGGCGCCGACGGAGGCGCCGGCCGCGCCGCCGCCCGCCGCCACGUAG